AUGUACGAGAGACCUGAUACUGAUUGGGCCAAGGUCGUGGCUUACAAAACUAAGGAGCAUGAGGAUCGAACAAUGACUGCACUAGAAGCAGCAUGGAAAGCCAUAAGUAACAUAGCGGCUUCCCCCUUCGCAAGAAAACUGCAAGAAGCACAGUUGCUGAGCAGAGUGAAGCACGGAUGGAGGCAAUUGGCUGAGGAGUUCACUACUCAGUUCUUGACAAGCAGGAGAGCCCCAAAGAUGUUUGAAAGCCUCUCCACAAUGAAGCAGGGGGAGAGUGAGCCGAUCAGGGACUAUGCUAAGAAGUACUGGGAGACUUUCAACGAGAUUGAAAGUUGUAGCAAAGAAUAUGCCAUUGCUACAUUCAAAACUGGGUUGCCUGUUCGGGGAGAGUUGCGCCAAUCAUUGAACAUGAAUCCGGUAGCAAUGUUGGCUAAAUUAAUGGAGCGUAUCGAGCAACAUGCCAGGAUGGAGGACGACAUACUCUGUGAGGAUGGCAAGAUUGUUGCCGAACAGACGAAGGGGCCUACAAAGAAAGUAGACAAACCAGAACCUAAGACUUACAGAGAAAGGAAAAAGUAUAGGCAGGCUAAGAAAGAGCCGUGCAAAGAAAGGCAAGUACCUGAUCCCAAGUCGUUCUUUCAAUAA